AUGAGAAACUUAUCAUUAUCAGCCUGUCUCCUGAUUCUCUUGGCCCAGCUUUUCCAGGGUCGUCCUGCACCACCUGAGUAUCGAAGAGUCGCGGCUCAGGAUGUCUCCCCACUUUACGCGACACUCGCCUCCCCAUUAUCGGGACAAAGGUUCUAUCGAGGCCAAAAAUUUCCCAUCAGCUUUACGGACCCGGGUGCUUCUGCGACAGAGGCUCGAUUCUCCCUUUCAAAUUACACGGGGGUCUAUCUCAUCAGCAAAGCUUCUUUAAAAAGUAACGGGCGGAUCAACUACCACAUCACCUUGCCAAGCUGGGUGGCCGAUGGCACAUACGAUUUCGUGGUUUCCGAGAACGACGGGCCGUUCGGCUCAGACGACUUCAACACUGAUGUGGUCAUUUGCACGAUUUUUGUCGGCCAUGCCCGUGCAAACCAAAUGGAAUUUGCCCCGUUCAGGAACCAAGUAGAAGAAAACCAGAGAAGAAUUAGCCCUGGCCCACACCCGGCCGGCCCCAGUUCGGCGCUUCAAAAGCGCGCACCCCAUCCCCCCAAAUUCGUCACCCCUCUCAUAAAUCAAUCUGUCAAAGCUGGCUCUGCUAUCCCAAUUCGCUUCUUGGAUGGGCAAUUGGAUCCCAGUGUCACUCAAGCUAGAUUUGUAUUGAAGCCGGUCGUUGGGUCCACAGUCUCAGGGGCUCAAGAGCUUGUUCUUGUCGGACCUAAUGCAUCUGAAGAAGGACUUUAUAAAUUUGAUGGGGUCGCCAUCGUGGUCAAUGUCACCUCUCCCACAGAAACACAACCUGGAACAUACUCGUUGGUGGCGGAAGAACUGUAUCCACACAGUCCCAACCGCUUUCAAAGUGUUGCGACGAUUCAGGUUCAAAUUGUUGCUGAAGACUCCGCCGUGCCAGAGCAGGAACCUUCAGACAUUGACCAAGAAAUGGAAGAAGAAGUUCAACUAGCCACCAGUCAAGCCUCGCUUAAGAUGAGGUCCGAGAGCAGCUCAGCAAUUCACAAACGUGCCAAUCCCACAUUCAUCUCGCCUACCGAAAAUCAAAAGAUCACGACCGGCCAUCACCUUAACAUUUCCUUCAUCAAUGCUGACCGAAAAAGUGACAAAAUGAGGUUCCUGCUAAGGCCCAUCAGCACGACCCCCAAACAGAAAGAGUUACUCUUGUUCAGCCGAAACGCUCAAUCUGAACACCUGUUUCACAAUGUGACCGCCUGCAAUGCCCGAGUUUUUAUCCCCAUGGCCAUUGCCAAUGGGACUUACAAACUGGUCGCUCAGGAAGUGUACUCAGCAGAGAACAUCAAGGAUGUCGGCUCGGUCCAAAUCCGAGUGGAACAGAUCAGGCCGCCUAGGAAACUAGAAUCUCGAGAACUGCUCACGAAAGACACAACACGGUUGCCCAGCUGGGGCGGCAUAAUGAAACCCGUCGAAAAGAAACUCCACCCGCACUUACCGGUCAUUGUUUCUGGAAAGCUCCCCCAGGACCGAUCUGCUGUUCCCAAAAAGCUCGAAAAUAGGCGAGGUUGGGAGUCGCCAAACAUGCUUGAACCUGUCUCCAACCAAGAAGUCCCAAGUGGCUCAACUUUUUUGUGUAAGAUCCAAGACCGCCAUGCUACUUCCGAGACCGUUCGAUUCGUCCUUCGUUCUUUCGGCGGGUAUGAACAAUAUUUGGGGUCGGCAAAAUUUGUCAAGGGGGUCGCGACGCUUAAAGCUACUUGUCCGACAAAUCUUCGCUAUGAUACUUAUAAUAUUGUUGCACUUGUGAACUCAAUCAAGAAACCCCAGAGGUUUUUGGACGUCAUUUCUACCUCCGUCAUUGUUUCCCAUUCACAUAGGUUGUUGAUGCCGUCUCAAUCUCCUCUGAUCCCUACGAAAACCCCGGCGAGCUCAUCCCAACUGGUCAUGCCGGUCUACAACCAAUACAUAUCAGGGGGGAAGAUCUUCGAAUGCCGACUUUUGAAUGGAAUUAACGCAGAGCACGUCAAGUUCCUCGUGCGCUUUGAUGACGGAAGAAGCGACCUUCAAGUGGGCAACUGUGAGAUCAAGAAGAACGUAGCUCAGACCAUGUGUCAGAUCCCGUCCAGCGUUACUCCAGGCACAUACAUGUUCGUGGCUCAAAAGAGUUCGAACUCUAAGCCCAACUCUUUUGAAGAUGUCGACCAAGUCAUCAUCUCCUUGGCUAACCCAAGAGGGUUCGGCCCCGAUCUCGAUAGCCAGCAGGCGAAUCAAGUCGUCAGAAGGUCAUUAGAAACCGCCGAUUCUUACCAAGCAGCUCAAGUUUCGGUGUUGGUUGAACCCACGUCUUGGCAAAACGUGGUCCCAGGGAAGGCUUUUAACGUGAAGAUGACCAAGAACACCGCUCCUCUUUCCACGAUGUUGAGAUUCUUACUCAAGCCCAUGGCUUCCUCGUUAGUCCACAAAGAAUAUGUCCUCGGGACGACUAGUAAUGACCAGAGAGUAGACGAUACUUUAAUGUGUCCUGAUCACAUCGCGAACGGAAAUUAUCUUUUUGUCAUUCAAGCUAACGACCCAAAUGACCCAGAAAAGUAUAUUGACUCCAGCUCGACCCCAGUCAUUGUGAACUCGCAAGCCAUUACCAACCCGACAACUAAUAAUUCGACCACCAGUAGCAACAGCACGGUUACCACCGAUCCAACGCCGACCGCCCCCGAACCGCCCCAGAUCCCGAUCUCGCAGCCGAUGAGAUACGCCAAUCCCAGCAGCCCGAGCGGCCCCAACUCGUCCGCCGUUCUCCCACCCCCACCCGCCCCUGUCGACCGUUCCUCAACUCCGCUCGGCCAAGGUUAUUCUCGUAACGGUAGUAACAUCUUCACUAGCUCUGCGCCUACUGUUGCCAGCUUCCUUUACCCUGCACUGCUUCGGCUCUUGGCUCAGAUUGUCGGGCUUGUAUUGCCCUUUGUCUUCUUCUUCUGA